CCGCCCCCUCGGGGAAACUGACUUCCCAUUGGCCGGUGCCUGGUCACAUGACUCCCCUCCCUUCUGGGUCUGGGAACCAGGGGAGGCCGCACCAAGUUCAGCUGAAGGCUGAAGUGAAAGCCGGAUCAGGUGACCGCCUCAAGGCCCUCAGCGACUAUGGCCUCCUGCCCAGAUUCGGACAAUAGCUGGGUGCUUGCCGGCUCAGAGAGCCUGCCCGUGGAGACGGUGGGCCCAGGGUCCAAGGUGGACCCAGAACCUCAGAGAGCUCCCCUGGCCCCUUGGAGCCCCUCCCAGGAAGAUGGUGAAGAAUUAGCUGGGACCUUGGAUGGAGCAGAGACCCUCGCCCAGAGUGAAAGCGCCCAUUCUGGUCCCACGCCCCCAGAGGACACGGAGGCCCAGGGCGUUCUGGAAGGUGAUGGCCAUGACACGGAGCCCCCUGGCUCCGGAGACACAGUGGUCCAGGAAGACGUGGAGGAGCCGCCCGUGGUGGCAGACCUGGGACCCGACACACGGGACCCGGAGGAUCAGAGCUUCCAGCAGAGCCCGCCCUCCUCCCCCAGUGCAGCGUGGACCAGGGAGGCGGCCCGCUGCACCAGCAGCGAGGAGGACACCGACGCGGACGUGGAGGGUCUGCGGCGCCGGCGGCGAGGGUGGGAGCCCAGUGCUCCUCAGCCUGUGGGGCCCCUGGGUGUGGAGGACCAGGCCAGAGGCGAGGGUGUCAGCGGGGAGCCGGGCGUCUCCCUCAACAUGUGCCUCCUGGGGGCCCUGGUUCUGCUGGGCCUGGGGAUCCUCCUCUUCUCAGGUGGCCUCUCGGAGUCAGAGAGCGGGGCCCUGGAGGAAGUGGAACUGCAGGUCUUUCCAGAUGCCACAGUGGACGAUGAGAUGCGGGAUGGUCAGGAUGGGCGAAGGCAGCAGCUGCAGGCCUCAGCGCCCCCGGACAGUGUCCCCAGCCUGCAGAACAUGGCCCUCCUGCUGGAUAAGCUGGCCAAGGAGAACCAGGACAUCCGGCUGCUGCAGGCCCAGCUGCAGGCCCAGAAGGAAGAGCUCCAGAGCCUGAUGCACCGGCCCAGAGUGCUGGAAGCGGAGAAUGCGCAGCUCCGAGGGGCCCUGCAGCACGGCGAGGCCUCGCAGCGGGCCCUGGAGUCGGAGCUGCAGCAGCUGCGGGCCCGCCUCCAGGGCCUGGAGGCUGCCUGCGUCCGGGGAGCGGACGGGGUGUGCCUCAGCUGGGGCAGAGGCCCGCAGGGUGGCAAGGUCACCAAGGAGCCAGGCGCUCAGGGGCAGGAGCCGGCCGCUGGCUUCCUAGAGCAGAAGGAACGGCUAGAGGCCGAGGCCCAGGCAUUGAGGCAAGAGUUGGAGAGGCAGCAGCGGCUCCUGGGGUCGGUGCAGCGGGACCUGGAGCAGAGCUUGAGGGAUGCAGGCCCAGGGGACGCAGCUCACGCUGGCCUCGCCGAGCUGGGCCACAGGCUGGCUCGGGAGCUGCAGGGCCUGGGGAGCUGGGGCCCGCACCCUAGGGUCCCUGGCAACGCCUCAGAGGCCGGGAGUCAGGAGCCCCACUUCCAGAGUCCCAGAGAGCGGGGCGGGAAGGAGAAGAGGCGGGGCGGGCAUGGGGACCGGCAGCCUGAGCACUGGGAGCCUAGGAAGGAGUCUGGCUGGGAAAGGAAGAAGAGCUGGGGGAGCAAGGAGGACGGGGAGCCGGCCGGGAGGUGGAAGGAGGGCAAGCCAAGAGCGGAGGAGCGGGGCAAGGAUGGGAAGCGGCAGGGCCCCAAGGAGCCCCCCAGGAAAAAUGGGAGCCCCCACUCCUCUGGAGAAAGGCAGAAGCACCCUCAGUGGAAGGAGGGGGCUAAAGACCAGCAUGACCCUCUGCCACCCUGGGCAGAGCUAUCCAGGCACAAGUACCGGGCGCCCCAGGGCUGCUCGGGCGUGCAUGAGUGUGCCCGCCAGGAGGGCCUGGCCUUCUUUGGCAUGGAGCUGGCCCCGGUGCGGCAGCAGGAGCUGGCCUCUCUGCUGAGGACCUACCUGGCGCGGCUGCCCUGGGCCGGGCAGCUGACCACGGAGCUGCCCCUCUCGCCUGCUUACUUUGGUGAGGAUGGCAUCUUCCGCCAUGACCGCCUGCGCUUUCGGGACUUUGUGGAUGCCUUGGAGGACAGCCUGGAGGAGGUGGCGGUACGGCAGACAGGUGAUGACGACGAAGUGGAUGACUUUGAGGACUUCAUCUUCAGCCACUUCUUUGGGGACAAAGCACUGAAGAAGAGGUCGGGGAAGAAGGACAAGCACCCCCAGAGCCCCAGACCCAUGGGGCCCAGGGAGGAGCACAGCCACCGCCGCAGAGGCUGAGCUGCUGCCGGCCGGCUCCCGGGGACUCUCCAGCCGCCGUCCGCCUGGUUCCUGGGUGUCCUUGGGCGUCCUCCCCGGAGGGGAGCGCAGUCACCCAGCCCUGCACUGACGCCACUUUUGCUAGAAAAAGGCCUUCGUUGGGCUGCCUUGCUACCUAUGCAAAUGUACACAAAUGCCAGGGCCCUGGGCCGCCGCCGCCCUUGGCAGUCCGGUUGUCAGGCAAAUGUGAAAGGGGGUGGGAGAGAAGCCUGGUUUUGGGGGUGGGGUGGGCGGGGGGUGGGGUGGCAUUCUGAUUCUGAAGCCGAAGAGCUUUCCGCCUGCCUCUCAUGUGUGUGCUGCUCCAGCGUGGGCCUGGGUGCCACCCCCUGACCGCACCCCCUGGGUUGGAGGGUUGCUGGCUGGAGGCCCACGAUCAGGGCUUCCCCAGGGGUUGUGGUCAAUUCAGAAGCAGCUCUCCCCAGAGGGUGAAGUCCCCUUUCUCCCCAGCUUCUCACACGGCCUCACCGCCCCGUUUGAACUGUAGACUCCGAUCACAAUAAAGAGCUGCUGGAGCCUGGCGGCGUGGCUCGGUGGCUGAGUGUUGACCUAUGAACCAGGAAGUCACGCUCCGAUUCCCGGUCAGGGCACAGGCCCGGGGUUGCUAUCUUGAAAGCCAGUGUGGGGCACGGAGGAGGCAGCCGAUCAAUGAUUCUCUCUCAUCACUGAUGUUUCAUCUCUCUCCCUCUCCCUUCCUCUCUCUGAAAUCAGUGAUUUUUUAAAAAAAAGAGCUGUUGGAGCCCUGGCUGGUGUGGCUCAGUUGUUUGAGCAUCGUCCAGUGCACCAAAAGGUUGCUGUUUCCAUUCCGGGUUCGAUUCCAGUCAGGGCACAGGCCCGGGUUUCAGGCUCAAUCUCUAGUGGGGGGUGUUUGCUUUCUCCCUCCCUCCCUCCCUCUCUGAAAAUCCACAAAAAACAAAACAAAGGAGAGCUGCCGGAGCUGUGCCGUUGGAGGGGGCGCUGCCACUCGGGAGGUUUCUAAGCGCAGGGACGCAUGCCCCCUUACACUACCCCCCGCCCCCCAACGACUUCAGGCCCUCUGGGCUGGAGCACCCCAUUUGCUUACAGCUGCCUUGCCCGCACCCUGGGAGAUGGAAAAAAAUGAGCGUGGGUUCAAAUCCAGGCUGAGUGUGAUCUUGGGCAAGUUAAUCUCCAGGAGCUUGUGUUUCUUACCCUCAUUAAAGGGGUUUGGGGGGCUGGGGGAGAGAGUAAAUAAAGCAAUGGAAGCACAAUG